AUAUAAUCUUCCUAUAUGUACAGUUUACUAUAUCAGGUAAAGUUCAGACAGGUAAGGCAGGGAAAGAUCAAUAAUCUGCCACCCAAUGAACAAGGCCACAAACUGUUACCAUUAUGCAUUAGAAUAUGUGUAGCCACUCAAGCUGAUCUUAAAAUGGCAGCGUUUUCUCUAAAUAUUCAAAAACACGUGGAGCCUGGCCUUGUAACUUCCGGUAAAUUCGAUGGUUCUCAUGCUUGCCUAGCGGCUGCAACUUAUGGUGGAAAUAUUUUGGUACACAGCCCUCAUAGGCAACCACAAAUAACCGGCCAAGACCACGAACAAUCCGACAGAAAAGUAUCUUGGAGCGGAGAACUCGCGGAACUUCAGAUAGGAACCGAGAUUACAGCAUUAUGCACUGGUCGACUUAGUGAUGACGAGAGAGAUAUUCUUCUAAUUGGAACUGCAUCUCAUAUUUUGGCCUAUCACAUAGAAGACAACUCUGAUGCUUUUUACAAAGAGAUGUCUGAUGGUGCAAGAUGUAUAAUCGUUGGUAAAUUAAGUUGGCUUCCAAAUCAAGUUGCAAUCGUUGGUGGCAAUAGUUCGAUAACAGUUUUAGACUCACAAGGCACAGAGAUAUUUUGGACAGUACUAGGAGGUAUUGUAACUUCAUUAGCUGUUUUUGACUUCGAUGGGGAUGACGAAAACGAGUUAGUCAUUGGGACCAGAGAUUUCGAAAUAAAGGCGUACAAGAAGGACAGUUUACUCUGGGAAGCUAAAGAAACAGCUUCAAUUACCACUCUAACCGGCCUACCUAAUAGAAGAUUCGUUUAUUCAGUAGGAAAUGGGACUCUUGGUGUCUAUGAAACGACUCAAAGACUAUGGCGUGUCAAGUCGAAGCAUCGGGUGGUGGUCACGAGGAGCUUUGAUUUGAACGGAGACGGUGCACCGGAAGUCAUAACUGGUUGGAAUAAUGGAAAGGUAGACGCAAGGUCAUCCAAUAACGGCGAAGUAAUUUUUAAAAUUCAAUUAUCCGCCGGAAUAGCUGGAAUCGUGGAAGCUGAUUACAGGAGAAUCGGCAAAUCUGAUUUAGUCGUAGUGUCUUCUAUUGGCGAAGUGCGCGGCUAUGGUUCCGGUUCCGCGAUGGAUACUCCAGAACCUGGCGAGGCGAUGCGCGAUUUAUUGGCGAAAAGGCAGAUCCUCCAAAUGGAGCUUAGGCAGAGGGCCGCGUCUGUUCCGAAUAUGUUCCAUGGAACGAAAUUGGCAGUGAGCUUGAUGACCUGCAAUGGUGCGGCUCGUGUGGCCCUCGCGUCUGGACCUGGACUUUUUAUGUAUUGCGCGAUAGUUUUCACCGAAGGAGUGUUCGAAGGCGAAACUCUCGUUGUCCAUCCCAGCAGACCUAGAGGGGAGCUGGAAAUAGAGCUUCGUCCUCCGAAGAAUGCCCCUGUCGAUAUGCACGUUAAAGUAUGCGUUGGUCCAGCUGCUGCAGAUUUGUUACAGGUGUUCGAAAUGGCACGCCAAUUGCCGAGAUUUUGCAUGUACCAGAUCAUCGAACGGCCUGCGCAAAUAGCGGAGGACUUCGCGAAAAAUAGCGUCACAGCUGAGUUUGCUGAGAGACCUCAAAGAAUCGCUCUUUGGUUGAAUCAGAGUCUCAUCCUUCCGGAAGAGUUCGAAAUUCAGGAAGACAAACCAAACAACGGAGGUAUUGAAAUGUGGCUUCGUGGCAUGAGAGACAACAAGAUUCAUUGUUUCAUGUCAGACGCAACGGGAAAAGUAACCGUUCAAACAGAAGAUUCUACAUUUGCUGGCGACAUUAUUCAGUCGUUAGCCUUGUACUUGGGCCUUAGAGAGCUUUCUUCCGAAGUUUCAUUUCCGGCUGAAGAGAAGAAGAUGUUGGACGCCUUGGAACACGUCAAAGAGUUAAAGGAGAUUGAUACCAGACUGCAAGCAGAGGCAGCUAAUGAAACAGUUUUACUGAAGAAUAUUAUAAUUCGCUUGGAGGAUGCAAGAAUUCUCGAGAAUAUCGAUGAAAUGAGAAAGAGGCUCGUACAGCUGAAAAAUGUUAAUGUCGAUCUGAUCAGGGAACAUGAAAUCAGAAUGAAGAGUUAUAGAGAACUCACGGCGAAUUUAAAAGAAUUAAAUCUCGGAGUGCAACGUGCAGCUAGAUUAAGAGUUGGGAAAAGUGCCUCAAACACAAUAGCCCGUUGUAGAGCAGCGAUCCAGGACGAGAAUCCGAAGGCUCUCACGAUGGCGAUAAGACACGGAUGAAUUCAGGGGCGAAUUUACCUUGACGCUAAUGUCACUGUAAGCGUUGGGCGCCGGAACGCUAUGAGGACCCCAAAAGAACUCUGCAGGGUUUUUACAUCUUCUAGAUUGCGUGAAAAACAAUUGAUCUCUUCAACAAACUGGCUUAAAAUGGAAGUUUUCAGGACAGUUGUUUCGAGGACUGGUCAUCGCAUCGUGUCGUCUGUUAAUUAACGAGAACCAAAGUGGAGGAACUUUAAAGCAAAGUUCUGAAGCUCGAAACUCGAAAAAUAGCUCUGGUCGUGAUCAAAUUAGUUCGAGAAAUUCGUGGGAGAUAGGAAAGUCAUAGGAGACGGAAUCAUAGGAGAUAGAUAGGAGACGUCUCAUAUUCCAGGAAUUUUUCGAGGUUGCAAUUUUCGAAAGUUCUAAAAAAUCCCGAGAAUUUGAGGUGAUUUUUUAGUGUUUACAUGCAUUGCCUUGUUUAUUUAUUUUUUACGUUCGUUUAUUCAUAUCCUCAAUGAUCAUGAAAUUUUUCUGAAUUUUUGACAUUUUACGUAUUCUAACUGGCGAAAAUUACAAGGAGAGUGAGAGGUGGACAAAGUUAAAGAUGAAAGAUACGACAUUGGAAUUUGCUUUAGAAAAUCUAUUUAUUGAUUGAAUUUGAGAAAUUAUACAAUAAUCUUUACAAUUAAAUAUACAUUGUAGGAUAUGUAUAUGUUAAUAAAUAUAACUUAAUCGUAA